CUGCGCAUGGAGAGGCAGGGAGGGAACGGGAGCUGCCGGCCGGGGCUUGGGGGGGGACAGGCGGUGGCCAGGGCUAACAGCGGGCUGGCGGCCGUGCUGAUCGUCACCAUCGUGGUGGACGUGCUGGGCAAUGCCCUGGUCAUCCUCUCGGUGCUGAGGAACAAGAAGCUCCGCAACGCCGGCAACAUCUUUGUGGUCAGCUUGUCUGUCGCAGACCUUGUAGUGGCAGUGUAUCCAUACCCUCUGAUCCUGAGCGCCAUUUUCCACAAUGGAUGGACCAUGGGAAACAUCCACUGCCAGAUAAGUGGGUUCCUGAUGGGCCUAAGUGUCAUCGGGUCCAUUUUCAACAUCACCGCCAUCGCAAUCAACCGCUACUGCUACAUCUGCCACAGCCUUCGGUAUGAUAAGCUCUUCAACCUGAAGAAUACCUGCUGCUACAUCUGCCUGACCUGGCUGCUCACGGUGGUGGCCAUUGUGCCAAACUUCUUUGUUGGGUCCUUGCAAUAUGACCCCCGGAUUUACUCCUGCACCUUUGCCCAGACGGUGAGCACGUCGUACACCAUCGCAGUGGUGGUGGUCCACUUCAUUGUCCCGCUGUCCAUCGUGACGUUUUGCUACCUACGGAUCUGGAUUUUGGUGAUUCAAGUCAAACACCGGGUGAGACAAGACUGCAAGCAGAAGCUCCGAGCAGCUGACAUGCGGAAUUUCUUGACUAUGUUUGUGGUUUUUGUCCUUUUUGCUGUGUGCUGGGGACCAUUAAACUUUAUUGGCCUUGCUGUUUCAAUUAAUCCUUCCAAAGUGCAGCCACACAUUCCAGAGUGGCUUUUCGUCCUGAGCUAUUUUAUGGCCUAUUUUAACAGCUGCCUCAAUGCCGUGAUCUAUGGGCUGCUUAACCAGAAUUUCCGAAAGGAGUACAAAAGGAUACUGCUGACACUCCGGACUCCCAGGCUGCUCUUCAUCGAUGUGUCCAAGGGUGGGACAGAAGGGCUGAAAAGCAAGCCGUCUCCAGCAUUAACGAACAACAACAACCAAGCUGAAAUACACUUAUGAGCCAGAACAGCAGCACAAUUUAUUCUGGGUUACCCUUGUACAUACAAUACAUAAGCCUUCCUACCACCUGUGCAUUUCACAGCUGAUGUUGGUGGACCCCAAAUGGCCACCCCCUUCUCAUGCAAGGAAGGAGUCUGGUACCUUUAUUGCUCAGCUUAUCACCGUGACAUCACAGCUUUGAGUAAGGAUUUUAAGAAUGGAACAACUGCCCUUUACCUUUUUUUAUUAUUUUUUUUCCUAUGCCAUCAUUCACUGUGUGCCUAAUGAAUUGCUUUGGUUGCUUUUGCAACAAGCAUGCCAAUACCCUCGAAAAGGGAAGUGUUCAGAGUGCAUGGAAAAAUGCAGCUAUAUUUGAAAUGCAAACUGCAAAAUUGCUGUGUAACGCAAACCAACUUUUCUCGCCUCCCUCUGAAUUCUGUUCUUUAGCAUUAACAUAACCCAAAUUACAGUAAUCAAAGUGUAAACUGCAUGACUUUGUAUCUUUUCAGUUAGGUUAGUAACGGUGUUAGCCAGCAGGCAUACACAUGAGCACAAUGACUUCCACUGCGCGUGUGUUUGUUUUCCUUUUUCCUUCUAUUACAGCUUAGUAGGCAGCCUGGGCUGAAUGCAAGGCAAACAAGCCAGACCUAGUGAGUGUCUGAUGUGCUCAUUUUAAUUGAAUCUCUACAGAUAUUAAGUACCCUUGCACCCUCCUUCCAGGCCAUGAGUAAGAGUAUAUAGCACAUGACAUAAUCUAAUUGCAGGAAGAUACUUGGAGCCUGAUUCUAAUUUAGGCAGUGUCCUGCGAUGGCCAGCAUUCGUUCCAAACAUCUAUCAGAAGUCCCUUCUGCAUGAGCAUCAUAAAAAAGAUGAACAUUAAAGAGUCCUGUCUGCUUAAUGCAGAUGCAGGCUUUUAAUAAGAGAGGAAAACUGAGUUCCGGUGAUAUUUGCACUUGGACAUGAAGGCAGAAGGGGAAGGAAGUUUUUAUUCCAAAUAUCUUUCCUUUUGCCCACCACAUAACAUGAAUUUGAUGGGGGAAAAGAGUGGAGAAUUUUAUUCCAUUUUGUUCAUGGGUGAAGCAGUGAUUAAUUCAUGGGAGCUGGGAGAGGAAAGCUACGUAAGCAUAUUCACGCAU